AAUUCCUUUUGGCCUAACUCUCUCCUCUCUUUUUCAUUAUAAUCAAUUUCUUGUCAUUGGUUGCUUAAUUAUCUUCACACUUAAUUUCAAUUCUCAUUUCUUCAUCAACCCUGUAUUUCUCUUCGAAAAAGCAACAUGGCACAAUCAAAUUCCAGCGAUUCCAUACAAAUGGAAGUUGUGGAGGUUUGCCUCCAUUUCCCUUCCAAGAUCUAUACCCCUGGAAUGCGCUUAGGAUUGCCAAUGCUAAUAGCAGAGUUAGCGACGGAAAUAAUACUUGGCCAAACGAUACUAGGGAAUGAAAAACUACUAGGGAAAAGGAACAUUGCAUAUUCGGAUGAAAGCGUUCAAGUUCUUGGCACGGUAUCAGCAUUUGGUUACAUGUUCUUUCUGUUUCUGAGUACCGUUAAGAUGGACCUGAGCAUGAUUAGAAAGGUCGGAAACAAGGCCUUAUGCAUCGGUUUUCUAUCCGUUAUUUUGCCUCUUCUAAGCGGUUUCCUUGUCGACUUAACCUUAGUAAGCCCCCAAGGCGAAGAUGUAUAUGCAAGGAAGAACAAGAGUUUCUUCCUUGCAAUAUUGUACUCUGGCAGUUCAUUUUCCGUUAUACAUUGCCUUCUCAGUGACCUGAUGAUCAUAAACUCAGAACUUGGUCGGUUAUGUCUGUCGGCAGCUAUGACCAGCGAUAUUUCGUCCAUGAUUCUCAUGAACAUCAGCUACUUAAUGCAAAUAUCUCACGAUCUAGAGAACAAGACAAUGGUGAGACAUACACCAGAGGGAGGUCCAAUAAGGGAUGUUUUCAUCUAUGCUAUCAUCGUGCUAUUCCUGAUUUCUCCUAAGUUCUCUUCCUGGUUUCAUGUUUUCUCUCUUUUCGGUCCAAUGAUUGUGGGUUUGGUCAUUCCGGACGGCCCUCCAAUGGGAUCUGCUUUGGUGGAAAAAUUCGAGCGUUUUGUUAAUGGCUUAUUUCUGCCAUUAUUUGUCACAACAUGUGCGAUGAGAGUUGAUUUCUUCCAACUCGAUUUCUCUAACGUAUCUACGAGCAACCAAGUCAUUGCCUCCCUUGUGAUACUUGCGGUCAAAUUUGGAGUCUCUCUAACACUACCAUUUUAUUGCGACAUGCCUAAACGGGAUUCGAUAGCACUUGCUUUCAUAAUGAACGCCAAAGGCAUCGUUGAGUUGGGUUCUUUCAGCAUCAUGAAUGACCAUCUGUUCACAUCGGCGAGCUUGUUUGCUUUCUUGAUCAUCAUCAUCAUCAUCAUGGCGGUAGCUUCACCAAUACUAGUGAAACUCCUCUAUGAUCCAUCAAGGAAAUAUGCAAGUUACUGGUGUCGUUAAAUAAUCUUGUCACCUCUAACAAAUUUAUUGAGACGAGGGUCGUUAUUGUUGACUAUGUAGUAGAUACAAACUCAACGAAAAUAUAGAAGUUAUUAGUUG